CGUGCGGUGGCCGUCGGUAAAACCACCGAGCACAUCCCAUAUUUUGUUGAAUUUUAGUACAUUUUUGCCUCAAACCCCGCCGAAUUUCUGUCUAUUAGCAUCUUGAUUCAUCGUGGUAGGUGGUCUGCAAGUUUCAACAUGGCAGAGACGGUAAAGAAAGAAUACGAGGCCUCGUUGUCCGACCUUACGUUUAACAGCAAACCGCUCAUCAAUAUGUUGACGAUGUUGGCCGAAGAGAAUGUGAAAUACGCCCCACAAAUCGUUGAAGUCAUCGAAGCCAGGCUACAGAAGGCUAAACCAUCAGAAAAGCUUCCAGUUCUCUACCUCAUGGACUCCGUCAUCAAGAACAUGAAGAGCGCCUACCUUGAAGCAUUUACCCCUAAUAUUGUACAAACAUUCUGCGGAGUGUUUGAAAAGGUUGACGAAAAAACAAGACAGUCUCUAUUCAAGUUGAGGAUGACUUGGAGCAGUUUCUUCCCUCCCAAGAAGCUCUAUGCUAUGGACCUGAAAGUCAAGGAGCUAGACCCGGCAUGGCCAGUAGUGGCGGACCCAACAGCGAGCAAGCACUCAGCUAUUCAUGUUAACCCAAAAUUUAUUAAAAAGCCUAGUUCGGAAACACCAAAGCCAGCCGAGCCAAAGGUAGUGCCAUCUGUUCCUAGUGCAGCACUGACGGCAGUCGCAGAGGCAGAGUUGAAGAAGAAAGAGAGUGAACGGCAGGAGAUGGAGAUGAGGCAGCAACUCAUCAAAAAGCAGGAGCAACUUCUUCAAUUGCAGCAGAAAAGAUUAGAGUUUGAGCUUCAGCAGACGCAGAGCAAGCUGGAAGAACAGGCUCUGGAGCUGAAGCAGAAGAAUGAGCAGCUUCUCAUGCAGCAGCAGGCCCUUCAACAUCAGGCAGCAGCAACAGCAACAUGGCCUGGUGGGAUGCCUGUACAGCCCCCGAUGUGGCCAGGUGCACCCCAAGGAAUGCCUGGUCAUGGCCCUCCUAUGGUACCACAAGGGUUUAUGAUGCCACCAUUCAAUCCAGCUUUACCGAUGCCACCGAUGACAUCUGCACCACCACAGCAGCAACAGAUGGUGGCCCCUCCUAUGCAGUCGGUUGUACCCAUGCAGCUGGUUCCUCCAGUUCAACAGGGAACCAUGCCGGUUAGCCGUGAUCCUCGUCUAGCUCGUGAUCCUAGACUAGCCCGCCGUGAUCCAAGGCUUCGUGGGAUCCCUGAUCAACCUCCUGCACCUGCUGCGAUACCUCCAACACCUGUUGCUGUUGCAGCUGUCCCGCCAGUCCAAAGCAAAGUUCAAGAGAUAACCCUGACAGCAACCACUUCACAAAAUGCAGUAACCUCCAAUGCCCAACCUGCCUCUUCAGGUUCAAAUCAUCAGUUGAAAAGUACAGUGACUAUUGCAGCGUCUCAACCUGUUAAAUCCACACCAAAGAGUCCCAAGAAAGCUGAUGACAAGAAGGUUGAUCUGAAAAAGGAAACAAAUCCUGAGGAGAAGAAGGAUAGCAAACCCGAAACCAAGCCGCAAGACACAAAAGUGAAUGUGGAACCAAAAUCUAAAUCUGAAGGAGCUGCUAAGCAGGAAAAACCCAAAGAAACCAAAUCUAGUGAGAGGUCACCCCGCAGGUCAAGUGAUGAAAAGCACGAUACUAGCAAAAGUAGAGACAAACCUUCCAGAGAACCAGAGCGAAGAACAAGCAGGGACUCCAAGAAAGAUUUUGAUAAGCGAGAUAGCUGGUCGAGUAGGGAUAGGGACAGCAGGGAGAGAGAUAGGGACAGGGUAAAAGAAAGACUCCCCAGCAGCAGAGAUCUACCAAGAAUACCGCGUCGUAGAAUAAGAUCACGAUCUCGCUCCCGGUCAAGAUCCCCAGUCUCUAGAUCACGGUCCCCACGAGGAUCAGACAGGAAUCGCACAGCUGCGAGACGAGGCAGCAGAGUGGAUGAGUUCGGCCGAGACAUACCACGCCCCGCUAAAGAAACAAAAGAAGAGAAGAAACCUGAAGCCCCGAAGAAGGACAUUGACGAUAGAAGUAAAGCCCGACGCACGAGUAAAGAAAACUUACCGGAAUCAAAAGAAGACAGUAAAUCGAAUAAGGGAAAAUCUGAGAAGAGGAGAUCACCUUCUAAGACUUUGGAUAAAGAUGCUGGCAAACAGUCCGAGACCAAGGAAGAAGCUCCAAGUAAGCGUCCUCGCAUGGAUGAAGAAAAAUCUUUCAAAGAUGAGAACAAACCAGAUGACAGAGAAACUAAAGACAUAAAGAGACCUGACCGCCGAUCAGACAACAACCAUCCUAUGAGGAUAACUGAAGGCAUACCACCACUAAUGCAACGAGGCCCACCCAGGUUACUCUUAGAUGCCAUGGACUGGAGUAAAGACCAAGGACAGGAUAGACUGGCCAGUAGGAGGCCAAUGGUGUCCCCAGGAGGUAGAGACAGAGUGCCAAGACGACGCCUCAGCAUCGACCCUUCAGUCAGCAUCCCUAAGGAACUCUCACUGGAAAAGCAUGCCUUCAUCUUGAAACAGGCUGAAAAGCAGCUUCAUUCUGGAGAGUUGACGCACCGCGAACAUCAAGCACUUCUUAAAGAGCUGUUUAACCUACAUCAGUUCCAGAGGCAACAGAAGGAUGACCAGUAUAUCUUUGACCACCCUCUUGAUCCUCUUGAAAGAAGGCCAUAUCCAGGGGAUCCGAGAAACUCUCAUGACCCAAGACAUUCGCUGGAGAAAGACAUCGAUCACCGCAGGUUUCCAGUUCAGGAUAUUGAUAUGCGAGUUUUCGACCCUAGCCAUAUAAGAAUUGGAUCCGAGUCGAGCGGUAAAGAAACGACAGGGUCUGAAUCGGAAGCCAUUGAUCAAAUGCAAGUCGGGGACAAAGAUGAGAGAAACAGGGCUGCCUUGCCGAAGGAUCGCGAUGAUAGAGUCCGUGAUGUGCCUGGUGAAAAACCAAUCGAACGUCCAUCUGCACCACUUAAGUCUAUUCUCAAGACUAAGUCUAUUCUCAAGAAUAAGAAGAAGCCUGUUCUUGAGAUUGAGAGUCCGAUGUCACCUGAGCCUGAAGAGCAGAAAGGAAAUGAUUCCAAAGUCAAAACAGUUGGUGAGGCUUCCUCUGAUGCCACCGAGGACACAGAGAAGUCCCAGGAGAAAGAACUUGUGGAUUUGACAAAAGACGAAGAUCAUCUUAAUGCUGCAAGCCCGCAACCAGAAAGUGUUACAGCUGUAGAAAAUCCGGUUAUUGAGGCUUCGGAAAAGGUUCAAGGAAAGAAAAAGAGGCAGAGGAAGAAAAAGAAGGGCAAGGGAUCUGCAGCUGAAGUCCAGAUAGAGAUAACACAGUUUGAAGAAAACCUGGCGAUCAAACCUCCAACAUUUGAUGAGAAGAAAAUCCAACCACUCAUGGAUAUGGAUGAACGUAGAAACUCGACUGAUAAUGAACCUGUGAACGUUCUUCCUGCUCCAUUUAGAGAAGCAGAUGAUAUUGUGGAGCUUUUCCCAGCAGGUGGAGAUCGUGAUGAACGACGUGGUCCACCAGGCAGUGACCCAACCAGAGAAAGUCAUCCAAGAGAUCCCCGACUCCGGAAAACUUUUAUUGAAAACCCAUCUAGAGAUAGACCACCAGGACCAGACUCAUUAAGAGAAGGUCCAUUCAGGGAUGGUCCAUUCAGAGAUGGUUUGCCAAGAGACCACCCUUACAGAGGUAGGUUUCCACAGGACAGUGGCAAUAGAGAUAGUCCACCAAGGGAUGGUCCAUUUAGAGGUGAUCUACAAAGAGGUCAUCCAAUGAGAAGCCCUCCAAGGGAAAUACCAUUCAGAGAUCGUCCACUUCGAGAAGGUCCACCACGGGGAGGAGUUGUAUUUAGAGAUAGUCCUCCUCGGGAAGGGUUAUUCAGGGAAGAAUUUCACAGAGAUCAUCAUCCAUCAAGAGAAGGGCAAAGAGAAGUUGCUUUCCGAGACGGAGCUCCAAGAGACGGUCCUCCUAGAGAUGUACCUCCUAGAGAUGGACCCUUCAGGGAUGGCCCUAGAGAAGGCUCCUUUAGAGAUGGUCCACCAAGAGAAGGGCCUUUUAGAGAUGGUCCUCUAAGAAAUGCUCCAUUCAGAGAAGAUCCCAGAGAUCGAGAAGGUAAUUUCAGAGAGGGACAAACAGGACAUCCAAGAGAGGGACGAAUGAGAGCUGGUCCGGGAUCGGAAGGCCCUUCAAGAGAUGGUCCAAACAGAGAAGGGAGAUUUAGGGAGGAUCCCUAUUGGGAUGGUCCACAUCGUGAAGACCAAUUUAGAGAAGGUCAUCCAAAUAGAGGCUUUAGAGACGGUCAUCCACCAAAAGAUGGUCAUCCAGCAAGAGAUGGACCUUUUAGAGAAGGAGUACAAAGAAACGGCCCUUUCAGGGAAAUGCAACCUCCAGAGGGACACUUAAGAGGUCAGUUUAGGGAUGGUCCUCCAAGGGACGGUCCUGGAAGAGAAGGCCCCUUCAGAGAGGGACCACCAGGAGAAGGUUCCUUCAGGAGAAGCCCGCCAAGAGAUGAACAAUUCAGAGAGGGUGAUCCUAGACAUCUAGCCAGAGGUAACCCUCCUAGACAUCCAGGGGAACAUUGGGACCCGAGACAGGGACCCCCACCUGACUUGAGAGAAGACAGAUUCCAUGGAUCCCAAAUUGAGGCAAGAAUGAGGUCAUUGGCUGAUGAAGUGCCUGGACGAGAUUUACCUCCAAGGGAGAUGUGUGUAGCUGGUCAAAGAGGUCCCCCACGACAAGAGGAUUCUAGAAACCUUGAAGGAAUACGUGACCGGGAUGAACGCCAGCCACCAAAUCAAGAACUUCCGAUGCAAAUGUUACCUCCUCAACCAGUGGAACUACAACACAUGGACGGACCCUCAGUGCUCGUAUCACAGGCUCCAGGUCCCCAUCAGCAGCACCUUGCUCUACCACCUGGAUUAGCGCCGCACCUUGACCGACAUCCCAUGCACCCACAGGGUCUCGAUGCAGCUCGCCACUUGCAACCAAACAUGUACCCAGGGACGAGUGUCGCCAUGAACGUGCCAAGACCUGAAUUCAUUGGGAUGGGACAGCGGCCACAUUUACAGCAGCAACAGGCUCCGCUAAUGUUGCCAGGGCUUCAGGGACUGAAUAUUCCAGGAGGUCUUGGUCAAGUGAUUGCUGGCAUCAAUCCAGGACAGUUUCUCGGCCCACGAGUCAUGCAUGGCGUACCUCAACCUGGUCAGAUGAUGUAUCCGGAAGCGCCUCAUCUUAUGCAUGCAGACAAUUCUAGGGGCCCACCACCUCAGCAAGGAGGACAGGUAGAUGUUAGCUCCCUUUUGGCCAAGUUGGUCGCUACAGGAAUUCUUCCAUCAACUAGGAGUGACUCGCCUAUGACAGCAGGAACAGGAACACCACCCCCUAUUGCUCCUCAAGAAGGAUUUGAUGCAAACGCUGCCCAGGCAGAGCUAGAUGAAGACCUUAUGGUACCUGAACUCGGACUGUAUCCAGAGGAACUCAAAUGUCGCUAUGAGGGCGUCAUUAAUCGUAUCUAUACAGGGACACAAUGCUCGUCUUGUGGUAUGCGCUUUGUCAUUGAUGAAAUGGACAGAUAUCGGAAACAUCUGGACUGGCACUUCCGUCAGAAUCGUCGUGAGAAGGAUGGAGUGAAGGCUGUUCAGUCCAGGAAGUGGUUCUAUGAAGUCGAUCAGUGGUUGGACUUUGAAGAAAUCAACGAAGUGGAUGAAGAGAGGAGCAGUUUCUUUGAGGAGAUGACUGCAGAGUCUAAACCUGAUAAAGAUGGCAUCCUCUGUGUGGCUAUUGAUGGAAACGUCACUGGCGAUGAGAUGUGUUCUCUGUGUCAUGAGCCGUUUGAGCAAUUCUUUGAUGAAGAUGAAGAGGUUUGGAAACUCAGGGAUGCUGUCAGGUUCAACUCCAGGACAUACCAUCCCUUGUGUUUCGAAGAUGCCAAAGAUUCCUCGCUUCUAGAAACGCCAACCCCAGGGGAGGAAGGCUUAGGAGCUUCCUUCGAUCCCGCCACAAAUCCCUUCACAGCCAUCUCUCAACAAAGUACAUCAACAACUCCGCAGGGAACAUUGGCUGAUAAGUCAGUGGAUCCAGUCAAAAUGACAUCAACUGUUUCCGUGAAAUCAAAAAACCAAACAGUGGAUGUGAAGACCGAGGUUAAAACUGAAGAAAGUUCAUCAACAGUAGCCGAUGACAAAACAUUAGCAAAGAUGGAGUCAUCCACUCCGCCUCUAUCCACCGAUCAAAAAGUGGAUCCACAAAGGAGAUCGUCUGUUGAUAUAACAAGCGGUGUUGAUGCGCUUACAGGUGACAGUGUUGAUAUCAAAUCGUCAACUAUAGUGAAAGAGGAAGUGGAUCAACCAAUGGAGGUGGAUUCAGAAAGUGCUGAUGUCAACACAGCACCUGGUGACUCUGACAUCAAGACAGAGCCAUGUCUUGACCCACAAGUUAAGAUGGAGGUGGAAUCCAGCGUUGCCGAAUCGGACGAUCAAUCUAAACCUGCUUCAGCAGCUGAAGAAAGAAUGGAGGUAACUGAGCCUGUCAAACUUGAAAUCAAGACGGAGGAUGCAACACAAACCUCUCAAACUGUUAGUACUGAAGAGAUUGUGAUUAAGCAGGAGCCUGUUGACGAUGCAGAGAUGCAGAGUGAAACUGCUGCUGCGGCUGACAAUCCUUCAGACACCGUCUCAGGGCAAUCACCAUCGGUAUUCAUUCCAGGUUUAACGUUAUCCGUUCAACCAGCAGCAGUCAAAGAGGAAUUCCAAGAAACUCUACCAUCCACAGAAACACAACAACCUACAGAAACACAACAACUAACAGAAACACAACAACCUACAGAAACACAACAAUCCAUAGAAUCACAACAACUAACAGAAACACAAGAAUCCACAGAAACACAACAACCUACAGCAACACUACAACCUACAGAAACACAAGAAUCCCAAGAAACACAACAACAAACAGAAACACAAGAAUCCACAGAAACACAAAUCGCUGCAACUGAACCAUCGGAAAUAAAACCUACAGAAGGCAAUGAGCCAUGCCAAACGACAUCCACCAGUAAAGAGGUUGGCCCUAGUGUAGCGGACACAGGCUUAUCGCCAGUGGAAACCAGCCCAUUGGAAGCCAACCCGGUGGAGAAUCAGGCGGACCAAAAAACAGACGACCCUUCUGUGGAUACGGAAACCAAAGACUCUGAAACGAAAACCAAACUACCGAAUAACACCGACCCCGAGUCAAAAGCUGUUUCGCAGCCGGAUGCUGAAAUGAGUAAAUCAGAUUCUACGGAGGAUGAUAAGGAAAAGGAGUCAGAUACAAAGUCCUCGGAUAAGGUUCCAUCUACCUCAGCGUCCGUUGUGUCGAACAUUCAAUCGAUAAGCGUCAUUGGGAGCACCCGCUUAGAUCCAAAGCGGAGACGAGACAUGUUCUUCAGGUGAUCCAGAAUGAACAUUUACAAUAAAUCCAUCCGAGAUGAGGAAGAACAUAGUGUUGUAUUGCGUGCCAAACGAUUAUUUUACUUUCAUUUUAAAUGAUGACCGUGAUAAAUCCAGCUUAACAGAGCAGCUAAGCAGAAAACAUUGCAUAUCAAAAAUGGUUCUGCUAAGCUAAUGAAACUGA